AUGUUCGGUGGGGUGGUCGAUUCGUCGGGCCCUGAUGGUAGUAGCUACCCGCGACCCGCUGCUUGGGAGGAUAGGGCCAGUCGCCCGCCACCUCCUGAUAGUUCUUGCCGUAUCCGGGCUUGGUCCCCGCUCCCUGCCCAAUAUCUCGAUAUCCUCGACCUCCCGCUGCUCGCGGCGUACUCCACGGGGGGUACCCAUACUCCUGGCUACUGUCGAUACCCUUGCCCGGCCCGCUCCAGUUGCUGUCGCCAGCGGUUGACCCGACCCGACCUGGUUCGGUUCGGUUAG